GCACUGUAAAUCACCAAAGCUGUAAUAUCAGUCAGGGUUGUUUUUCUAGUACGCAGCAGGCGCUUAACAAUGAUGGACAGAUGCAUUAGGAAUUCGUAAGGAUGUUACAAUAAAAAUGCACGUGUUUAUCCAACGUUAACACCUAAGGAACGGAAAAGAAAGGAGAAGGUGACUGACUAUAUCAACAGGGCGAAAUGUCUACUAAUAACAAUAUCAUGUCCAAGAAGAUCCGGACGGAGUACAUGAAGAAAUUCAGAGAUCCCAAGUGGGAGACUUUCUCGAAAAGUUAUGAGGACUCUGUGAAGUACAGACUGACGCGGAGGCUGAUGGAGCAGACACACAGACCCUUAUUCGAGAACGGAUGGGACAGCGGGUCCGACUCGAGCGGAAGAUCCAGUCCCAAACUGCAAGAGGUGAACAUCUCAAAUGGCAGACACUACAUAUCCUCAUCCGAGUCCAAGAACGAGACUGCGGAGGUUCUGAACUCCUGGAAGCCACAGGUGAAUGGAGAAGUUCACACGGAUACUAGUGCAACCGUGGAAAGCUCAGCUCCCUUGGAAAAUGGUCACAAAGGUGUGACCACUAACGGACCAUCAGAAUCGAUUCCAAAACGGCGUCAGAGAUACCGGGCGCCUCGUUCAGAGCCAUGCUACCCUAAUAAGGAGCUGGAUAGUGAUGAAUCCCACUUAUCCAUAUCAAGAAAACCAUCCAGGGCCAAGAGCCAACCACCGGGCAACACCAAGGAGCGGACGUCCAACCGUGAGAACAGACGGUCCUUUAUCCAUCCUGACUGGGCAGAAAGGCACAUGGAGACCCGGGAAAGAAGAACACCAAAUAUUAGAGCGUCUGUGUCUGCUGGAGAGAUUCAUCGGGCCGAUGUGGGCGUCCAGACACGAAGAGAGUCUAAAAAAGGUGGACGAGCAUCAGACCACCGGAGGGCGAGGUCAGCUGACCUGGAGAAGGCCCGUAGAUCAGCACUGAGCAUGGCGGACGAGCGCUGGAUGACGGAGUACAUGCGCUGCUUCUCUGCUCGACUGAGGUAGAGGCUGAUCCAGGAUCAGUUUAUAUCAGUGGAUUAGACGCGAGGCCGCAGGAAACGGAUCCCAAACCAGCACUACAGGACCACUACAGAAGAGUUUGAGGAAAACUGAGGAAGAAGUUACAUGCAUUCCUUUAUAUUCAAUAUGAGAACAAAAAUGAAACACAGAGGUUAUUCAUUAAAUAUAAUAUAAAUAUUUUUUGAUGCUGGCUACAAUCAAGGACCAAACAUUUAACUACAACACCAAAACACAUUUGGUAUUGUUUUUAAUAUCUUGUUUCUAUUCACUGUUUGUUGGCAUUUGAUUGGCAUUUUAUUCCCCGUUCAGUGUUUGAUGGUGUUAUUUGAAGGUUUCAGAUUUUCUGUCCUGAUUUUAAAUAUGGGCUGCAGGGAUUUAAUGAUGAAAAAUAAUUUGAGUGGACCAAACGAUAUCUGUUUAUGACUCAGAUGAUUGUUUAUUUUAUUCUCUCCAGAAUGUUAUUCUAGUCACUCCAGCCUGCCUGUUAUUAACAUGUCAGCUGUAAAAUGUAGUUCUUUUGAAUGUGAGUGACUGAUGUUUGGUUUGUUUUAUUUGAUCACAUGCAGUGCUGUGCAACUCUGUACUUUUGCAAGUCACCAGAAGUGUAUUUUCCUCACCAAUCACCAACAACCAUCCUUUUUGCACAAAGAUGUCAAGUAAUUAAUAUUUUUAGAUGUAAAAAUAAUUGAGGGCUAGUUGAAGGCCAUCUUUUGAUUCUUGUGAAUGUGAUCGUUUCAGCUGUACACACUAUUAUUAGUUUUUUGAGCACAGAUUUGAUAUGAAGCAUAUUUGCUCACAUGUAUAUAUUUUGCUUCUCUGUGAUGUUUGAAACGCAUCAACACUGGUUAUGUCAUAGACACUUUGAAUGAGCCGUGACCCUUUACUUGAAACUUCAUGGUUUGUCGAGAGAUGUUUGCUUUGCUAUUAAUCCUAAUAAUUGGUUGCCUGUUAUCUGCACUUAGUUAUUUAUUUAUUUAGUCAGUUAUUCACUUUUCAUAAAAGGAAACUCAUUCUGUUUAAGACUAAUCACAAUGACGUUCUUGAAUGAAGUAUAUAAAAUAUGAUAACUUGUUGAUUUUCUUCAGCAAUGUUUACAUUUUGACCACUGUAUUUGUACAUGAGAACAUAUUUUCAUUUGCAGAACAGAAAUACUCCUAAAAAUGCAUUGCAGUGAAUAAACUAUGUUUGAGUAA